UACUUACUCUUUGGUGCUGUCUAUUAUUGUUAAAAUAUGGGGAAAAGUUGAUGAAUCUUGUAGAAAUUAAAUAAAUAUCAGAUGGAAAUGGAGAAUUUUUCAAGAGUUGAGAAAAUCGGCGAAGGAACAUAUGGCGUAGUUUACAAAGCACGAGACAAACUAUCCGGUAAAGAUAUAGCGUUGAAGAAAAUUAAACUCGAAAAUGAACCAGAAGGUGUACCAUCAACAGCUUUGCGAGAAAUCUCAGUAUUGCGGGACUUGAAGCAUCCGGCUGUGGUGGAGUUGUUGGACGUAGUCGUGGCUGACAAUAAAUUGUUCCUGGUCUUUGAGUUCCUGCACAUGGACCUCAAGAAGCUUAUGGAAUUGACUAAAGGCCCUUUGAAACUUGACCUGGUUAAGAGUUACCUACAGCAGCUAUUAGAAGGUCUGGCGUACUGCCACGCACAACGCGUGCUGCACCGAGACCUGAAGCCCCAGAACCUGCUUGUAGACACAGACGGGCAUAUCAAGCUCGCAGACUUUGGUCUGGCGCGCGCCUUCAGUAUACCAGUGCGAGCGUACACUCACGAAGUGGUGACACUGUGGUAUCGAGCACCAGAAAUACUUCUAGGAACUAAGUUUUACUCCACCUCUGUUGAUGUGUGGAGCUUGGCCUGUAUUUUUGCUGAAAUGGUCAGCGGCAAAACCCUAUUCCCAGGUGACAGCGAAAUCAACCAACUGUUCAGAGUGUUCCGUGCGCUCGGCACACCGAGCGACGACGUGUGGCCUGGCGCGCGGCUGCUGCCCGACUACCGCACGGCGUUCCCUCGCUGGCCGCAGCGCGAAGCACGGAGUCUCCUGCCUCCCGCUGCGCGCGCUUCGGUCCACGCUUGCACGCUGUUCGAAGCGCUGCUUCGCUACGACCCGAGCGGGCGGCUGUCAGCUCGGACAGCGCUCCAGCACCCGUUCUUUGCUGACGCUCGCUUGGUGCCGCCGACUCUCCCAGACUUGCCGGCCGCCUCCUCUCUUAUACACCACAGCCUUGCGGAUCUCUGACUUCGAUAAAUUUUAUUUGACUUGUAUUUACUUACUUUUUAAUAGAUUAACAGACACAAUUAAAGAGGACAUUGGAUAUAUUUUUCAUGUGUAAUUUCAUUUCCUAAAAAAAUUAAGAUUGUUUAAUCAUUUAAUGUUAUUCGGGGGCAACUUUAUUAGGCAACCUAUUUGCAAUGUCGCUCGUCUUGAACUUGCCGACCUCGUCCUCUGUUUUAAACCAGUCUUGCGUCAGUCAUCUCUGGCUUACUUAAUCGAUGUAUUUUAUUUGACUUGCAUUUAUUACUUUUUGAUAGACAGAUAAAAUUAAAUUUGAGGACAUUGGAUAUAUUUUUCA